GUCAUUUUCACACCUGCAAAUAUAUUCCAUAAGAUAUGUCAUAUUAUUGACAUGUAUGACACGCAUAUCAAAUGGUUAUAUGAAAUAGCAGACGGAUCAGUAGAGUUAAGUGUUAGACCACCAACGCGCUUAUAAAUUACAUUGAACCUUUCGGUAAUCAAUAACAUUAUAAUACAAUCACAUUGGGAUACAACACAGAAUCAACUGGCGGUUUUUCUCUGGAGUUCUAACGGGAAUUGUUGUGAAAUGCCAUAAAUUUCACGUUAUUGUUGAAGGAAUUGUUAAAGGAAGUUUUGUGAGUCAUAAUAGUGGACUUGUUUAUUGAUAUUCAUUGACCGACACGGCCCCGCGAGGAAAGGCAAGUUUCCUGACUCUGGUCUGGCUGUACUGUAUCACCGGUUGAGUGGAGAGUCGGCGUUCCCGCCACCGGCAUGGCAUAUGAAACUAUACAGACUAGUUCUUGAGGUGGUUCCUGGCGUCGAUCUGUAGCUGACCGUGGAGCUUAGGAGCAAACAAGAAUGCCAUCCAUACAUAAACUUCGGCCGCCCUGGCUACGUGUGAUAGGACAUAGAAAAGAAAAGUUCGAAAAAUAUCGGUGGCAUGGAAGAGCUUUUCUUGCCGGACUUUUUAUAACGGGGUGUUUGUUAGCGUGGUCAACGGGGUUUCUGCAGGAAGAAGAGUAUGUGAUAGAUGCCUUCAAGUCUUCCCGUCAUUUGCUGAGUAGCGCUGCUUUUUUAGGCAAUGACUACACGCUCCAAAAUUGCAGCGAAAUUUCAGAGGCGGCCAAUCAUACAGCUGUUGAGUGGGAAACAUGUGAUUAUGAACUUGUCCACCUGAAAGAGUUGUGGGUCAUUUUCUACUUUGUUUGUAUAUUAAUCGUAUUUGUUGCCUUAGCAAUAAUCUGUGAUGAUUUCUUCGUUCCUUCACUGGAAGCGAUCUCAGAAAAGCUUCACCUCUCGGAAGAUGUGGCUGGAGCUACAUUCAUGGCGGCAGGGUCGUCAGCCCCGGAACUCUUCACGUCCGUGGCCGGAGUCUCGUACGAGACUGACGUCGGUAUUGGGACUAUCGUUGGUUCGGCUGUGUUCAAUAUCCUUGUGAUCAUCGCCCUCACGGCGGCGCUCUCUGGUCAAGUACUCCACCUCGACUGGCGUCCCAUGACUCGUGACUCAAUCUUCUAUGCCCUGUCCAUUGCCUGCUUCAUCCAAUUCAGCUGGGAUGGCGUACUCGAACUAUAUGAGGCUAUCAUCUUGCUCGUACUUUACAUUUUAUACAUUUUUAUCAUGGUGAUAAAUGUGAGGCUGAUGGAUUGGAUGGCCACAUGGAAAACUGGUUGCAAGAAAGUAAAGGUUGAACCAACAGAAGACGGAGAAGACGGUCAGGAGCUAGAAAGGAAGAAAUCGCUAAAGAACAUAACUUUGACAGAUACGGGUACAAAGGCCAAUGGAGUAAUAGAAAAGCAGUUUAUUGAUGUAAAUGAUCAUAAUGUAACCGAAGUGUCCAUGUCCGGCGGCCACGCCAGGAGACUCUCCAUCAUCUCGCACAGGUCAUCCACAGCAGACGUGGCAAAUGCCGACAAACAUAUCUUUCAUCACACUCGACAAGGAUCAAUCUCCGGAAGCUUUUACACUGCCUCUUCAGUGGCCCGAGCGGCGAUAGGAACGGGAGCAGGGACUCCUCCCCAUUCGCCCCCAGGGACCCCGGGCCUAUCACCCUUCCAACAAUUCAACAAAGAUAGUGGGUUCCAAAGCACAGAACCCAGUUACAUUCCCAGCAACGACACAAGUCGAACUGAUCUUCACGAUUCACCGAUAUAUAACGAUUACAUAAACGAGGACUUCCUUAGGCCUCCACAUGUGUUCCGAAAAAGGACUGGUUCCUCCUAUUCUAGUGGAGACGAAAAACGUGGCUCUGUAGAUUUUAGAUAUCCACCAAAAGACAAAUUUAUGGCUGAUGUGCACAAAGUUACAACGAUAGAAGACACACUAGAACUAAUGAAACAAAUAAAUAAAGUGAGGAAUUCCCUCGAUUCGACGAGUUCGCUUGAAAACGUCAGAUACCAGCAGGGUAACACUAACAGUUCCAACACGUCGCAUCCUGGUAGCGGGAAAUCGCUCCUUGGCACGGCAAACUCAGGCUUCCAGGAUUCAGAGUUGCAAAUAAAUGCAGCAGGCAAUCAGCGAAGGAAACCCUUACCGCCAUUAAACAGGGCUGACACUCAUACUUCCCUUGAUUGCAUGAAUCUACCCAAUAUUCCCGCACUACCCCCUAUCACUACUGAACCUCCUCCUUCUAAACCUUCACUUCCUAUUACUAACACUACGGGCGAGUCGUCCGACACCCUUUCUGACCACACUGUAUUGGCACCUUCUGUCUCUCACCACGGCACUGCUUCUGAUCACUCCGAAAAACAGGCUCUCCCAAGUAAUUCCUUGACCGAGUCGCUGCACGCCUACCAACCCCACGAGGGAGCCAUUGCCGAAGAAGAGGACUCCGAGGGAAGCUGCAAGAAUGGCGACGGAAAGAACCACGUAGUCGAAGAAGAAGAGGAAGUAGAAAGGACCAUGAAAAUCUGUCCGUGCGCGUGCUGUAUCGAGCUUCGGGGCGCCCCGCCCAGCAAUGAGGAGGCUGCAGCCAAGGGAAAAUACUGCAGCAAGGCCGGGUUCGGGCCGUGGUCGAUCUAUAUCCUCAAAUAUAUACUCUUCGUCGUGUCCUUCCCGUUUAUAUGUCUAUUCACGUGGACAGUUCCGGAUUGCUCAAAACCGCACAAUAGAAAAUGCUUUUUGCUCAGCUUCAUCAUGUCGGUGUUAUGGAUUGUGAUUCUGAGCUUUGCUUUAGUGACGGUUGUCGGAAGGACUGGAUGCAUCCUUGGCAUUGACACCUACACAAUGGGAUUGGUUGUGGUUGCAAUAGGGACAAGUGUACCGGAUGCGCUUAGUUCAGUUCUGGUUGCCAGGGACGGUUACGGUGACAUGGCAGUGUCUAAUGCCAUCGGGUCCAAUGUGUUUGACAUCAACCUUGGGCUGGGCUUACCCUUCCUCAUUCGUAUUGCUAUCAAAGGACCAGUAAAUCUCAUAUCUGAGCGAAAAGCGUGUUUCAUGUCACAGAAUCCGUUGAUGAUGGUUCCACACGCCAAAUUCGGUUUUCUUCUCCUUCUGAUCCUGGGUUUCGUUCAGAUCGCUUUCGGAAUCACCAGAUUCAAACUCAGGAAGCAAAUCGGCAUUGCUUUUGUGAUACUAUAUGGGGUCUUCCUAUGCUAUGCAUUCGUUCAGGAGAUUCAUUGUGCGCAGAUAUUCUGCUAAACUAUUGGGAGAUGAAACUUUUGCUUGCCUCGGUAAUAGCGUGCGACCUUGGUUGGGCUUUUGUCACAAAGAAAAAACAAAAACAAAAUGCAAUUUGCUUUUAUUGGUUCAGUGUAUCCAUUUGGAUGGUGUUCCGAUACUUUCAGGAAUCAACUUUUGCUUUGUUUACUGUGAUAAACGUCACCCGUACAUUACAAGUGUCUCUCAACAGAUGGAGUCGAAAGGGUAAGAUAUUGUACUCAAAUAUUGUGUGCAUGCCUACAGGUGCAAAUAAAUCAUCGUCUCCGCAAAGACGGUUGAUCUUACUUACGUUUCUAGGAGACAAUCCUUUACUUUUCUGGACUCUGGAACAGGCUGGUCGUGUCUCCACUGGUUAUCUGUCAUUUUAACUCGACACCUUGUAUUUUGUUAUGAUGUUAAUAUCAUACAUUGGGUGAUAUGAAUAAAGACGAGCAAAUGCUUUUUUCUAAAACUCCGCGUACAUUUACACUAGGCCUUUCUGUACAAAAUUGAAGUAAAAGCAUUUGCUAGUCUUUAUUCAUAUCACCCAUUGUAUGGUAGUUCAAUGUGUCUUUCUAUAGAUUCGAAUAAAGUUUCAUUCAGUCAA